CACAAGACCCAGAGUGAAACCCGUUUAUUCACUAAAACUCAAACUCAAGAAUAUAUUCGAUCUUAUUGGGAGUCUAAAAAUUUUGUUGCUAGUGAUCUUAAGUCAAUAAACGAUUCUCAGCCCACUUUUUUAAUAGACCCAAAAAUCACCUUUUUCGAAAAAUUUAUGGAAAGAAGACGGCAACGACAAGUGGUUAAGACAUUAUUGAGCAGAGGGUUGCUCCCAUCGGAUACCGUAAAGCAAAACAGCUUUUCUUUUAAAUAUAAUGCACUUUCCAAUUUAGAUCUUGAAAAUGUUUGGAAUGAAUUUUACAAUUCCGGCAUUGAUCUAGAAAAACCACUACAACCACAGGCCACUCAAGUAAUCCACCCGAUUUUAUCUACUUUUCAAAUACCUGCUGAAUUUAUACAUUUACUGGAAUCAGAAGUUUUCAAUCAUG